CUCAGUUUGGAGUCUUUACUAUUCAUUGAAUGCAUACAUCAACCUCUGAGGAAAGAAUUCCUGUAAACACAUCUAUUUUGCUUUAAGUGUUUAAAAAUGUCUGAUAAGAAAAUAAUUAUGAACAGAGCCCAUUAUAUUGAGAAGCUACUCUCUGAAAACAAUUUCCAAGAUAUUGGAAAUCACCUUACAGAACUUGAAGCUGUUGAUAUGACUAUAGAAUAUCUUCAGGAGACUGAUGUUGCCAAAGCUGUGUACAGAGUCCUCCAGAACUGUCCUGCAAUAACAUUGAAAAAGAAAGCAAAGCAUUUAUUAUCAAAGUGGAAGACACUUUACAAGAAUAACUAUCUUUCAUCGAUACAAGGUAAAAAGUCCGUUUCUGAGAGUGUGAAAGAGCACAAUGAAUAUUUCAGUGUGGCUCCACAAGAACAAACUGAGUUUUCAGAAAAAUUGAAUCAGCAUGAAAUGUUAGAUGCUGCUGGCUCUAACAGUUUGCUAACAUCACAAAACGUUCCAAAAGAUGAAGUGUAUAAUAAGCCAAAAAGCAGUGUGAAUCAUCUGGGUCUUUUAGAAAAACAGUGCACUGAUAAUGAAGACACUAAACCUGCUGGCAGUGAAACAAGCCCACAGCAAGAACAUGUGAAAGCCAUGAGGUUGAAAUGCACAGAACUUAUUUAUAAAGCCUUGACUGAUUCUGCCACAAGCAAAGAGGAAGCCAAUAAGCGGCAAGAAUUAUCCAAAGAAAUUGAAGAGCAUAUUUUUGCUCUUCAUGCUAGAAAUGACAAAAAGUACAAAAAUUGUAUCAGAAGCAAAGUCUCUAACUUGAAGAAUCCUAAAAAUUUCCACUUAAAACAUAACCUAUUUUCAGGGACUAUGAGUCCAAAGACUUUUGCUGAGAUGACAGUGAUGGAAAUGGCCAAUGAUGAACUGAAACAACUCAGGGCUUUGUACACAGAAUCAUCUGUUCAGGAACAUCAGCUUCCCCAAGUUAUUGAUGGCACACAGACCAACAAAAUAAAAUGUAGGCGCUGUGAAAAAUUUGAUUGCAGUGUCACUAUGAUUGCCAGGGGAACUCUCUUCCUUCCUAGUUGGGUGCGAAAUGCAAAUCCAGAUGAACAAAUGAUGACCUAUGUUAUUUGUAACGAAUGUGGAGAGCAGUGGUACCACAGCAGAUGGGUUUGUUUGUGAUUAUUAAUCCUUUAAUGAAUAUCACUUAAAAGUGAAAAACUUAAAAUAGAUAUCAGAAGAAAAGUGUGUUGGGAUUAUUUUUAUACUUGUUUUAGAUGUUUAUAAAUCCGUGCUAUUGUGCAGACACAGCAAAUAAUAAGUUGUAGGAUAAUAGCUAAAAGAUAAUGGUCAUAAAAUCAUUUUGGAAGUUGUUUUGAAAUCAUUAUUUGGCUUUUAAAUUUUUAAAUUUUAUUUUCUGUAAGUAUGUAAAAUAUGCAUUGUGUGGUAACAUAAUUUAGUGGGAAACAUAUUUGCGUGCUUGUUACAAAGAUUUCUUGGUAUUUCAAAACAGUUAAGAACUUAUUUUCAAAGGUAUUGAACACUGUAGUUCUUAUUAAAAAAAACAAAGAGGAGUUCUUGUGGCACC